AUGCCAUCGCUGCUGCACCUCCUGCUCCUGGCGCUGUUUUUGGUGGCCGUGCCGACGCAGGGUCGCAAGAUCAAACGGAAGGAGCCACACUAUCACCAUCACGUCAAUGUGCCGCCGCCACCACCGCCUCCAUCGCCCCAUGGACCGGGUCCAGUGCCCCAGCAAACGGCGGUGAUCGAGCACGAGGUGCCGCCGUACACCUACGAGGCCAUUAACCACGACGAAUUCGAGCCGGCCAAGGUGAAGCUCUCCCACUUCGAAGGCUCCUCCGACUACAUAGUGCACUCUCACAGCGGAGGCGGACUAGGAGGAGGAGGAGGUUACCUCGCCGACAAUGGACUGCGCAGCAUAGCGAAGGGUUCAGCGGAUCAGGCCCUGUCCGCAGUGGCCAGUCAAAAUGCGGCAGGGAAGCAGGCAUCCUACGUGGCCAAGAGUACUCUGGCGCAGGCGGCAGCUCAGGCAGCCGGCACAGCUGUGGCCGUGCUGAAGGGCAAGGAGGUGCUGCUGCAUCGGCUGGAGGAUCAGAGUGUGGAGGCGCACAAGGCCAUGGAGAACGAGCUGACCCAGCUGCAGCAGGCCAAGCGAUCCGCCAAGGCAGCCCAAUAUGCCGCCCAGCAGGCCAUUAACCAUGUCAGUGUCCUCACUGCCGCACUCAACAAUGCGCAAUCCGCAUCGGAGUUGGCCCAGAAGGCGGCAUCCGAGGCGGCUGCCGAGCUGGCCUCCCAAAUCGAUAUGGUGGCCCAGGCCAAGACCAAGCUGGAACACGCUGAAUCGCAUGCUUAUGCAGCUCGACUGGACUACGAGGAAACGCGAGAUGCCGCGGAGAAGGCUACCUUGUCCGCCCAGGAGGCGCACUUGAAUGCCAACGAUGCCGCCUUGCAUGCCAACGUGGAGCUCGCUGAGAAUGUGCAUAUCCACGACAAGAGCGAUCGGAAUGUGCGGGAACCGCCGCGAAACCACAGACAUCAGUAGUGCACUGCAC